AAAACGUGUGAGAUUGUGUUGCUUAGUUUAGACUUCAAACGUAUAAUGAUUUACAAUAUACCACCAGGAAGAGUACAUUUACACUUAAACAGAUAACCAUUCACUAACUGUGAGUCUGUGUUGAAGGCUGUGCAUCAAUUUCAAGAAUGGAUCACUAUGCGCUGCUGCUUCUGGUUACGUUGUUUCCACUUGUCUGCUCCAGGUGGACUGGUGAAUAUGACCACUUCACAUUCGCCCAGUCCUGGCCACCUGGUGUGUGCGCUGAUGCCCCGAGAGAACACCACACAUGUCAUGUGGACAAACAAGUGACCACCUGGACAAUCCAUGGACUCUGGCCCACACAAGGCUCAGAGAUUGGCCCCCAUGACUGCAACUCUUCCAUGAAAUUUGACUUCAGCAAAAUAGCUAGUCUUCAGAAGGACCUCUUGACCUUCUGGCCAAACCUCUACAAUGAUACAGAGUUGGAAAGCUUCUGGUCCCAUGAGUGGACCAAACACGGAACAUGUGCUCAGGAUCUGCCCGAAACUACUGGAGAGUUGAACUACUUCAGCAAGGGGCUGGAAAUGAACCAGAAAUACGACAUGCUCAAAAUGCUUAGUGAUGGAGGUGUGACCCCAAGCCCUACUGCACAGUACAGUUACAAACAGUUCAUGGCAGCAGUGAAGCAGUCUACUGGCUUUGAUCCUAAUAUAGAAUGCUCCUACAUCAAAUUGGACAAUGGUACUGAUUUUCACUUAGUUAGUGAAAUAGAGAUCUGCCUGAGUAAGACCGAUUUCACGCCAGUUGCCUGUCCAGGCUCAGAAAACUCUAGUAAGGGAGGAAACCAGUCUGGCUCAUACAAGACCAUCAAGUCUCAGUCGAACUGCCCGCAGCAUUACAACUUCAAUUACCCACCCAUACAGUAUGUUCUCAACAGAAAGACUGGCAUGUUUGAACUACCUGAUGACUUGAUCGGCCGAUAAGCAGGGUUGUGAGUUGAUGGAGGUGACCAUGAUAGCCAGUUUAGGGAGACCUGAGUAGCUUAAUCAUAUGUUCCCGUUACCAGAAGCCAAAUAAGACAGUUGCUUCUCAAAUCUUUAAGAAUUGGCUACUGAAUUUUUGUGAAUUAUUUAAAAAAUAAAAUCAGAUGUUCACACCAUCUGAGGUAGCAAUCUAAACUACAAGUAUUUUGGCUACAAAGUAAUAUUUCUAAGCCCCAACCAAGAAUUCAGAUAUUGCAUUAAGGUACCUACAGAACCUCGAAAUAACCGUACUGGUGUUUUUAUUUGGAAUUUCAUAAUCAUAAGUGGUUUCUGUGUUCACAAUUAUCACCUGUGAGUUUAAGAAAAAAAUUACAGCACUCAACCUUGUCUUGUUUAACAUUUUUGUACUUUUUAACUGUGAUAUAUGGAGGAAAUAAAAAAAUUACAACAUGCUUUCGUAAAAAAUUCCCAUACCUUGAUGUUGCUAACAGUAAACCUGUACCUUAUUAUUCCAUGACUUUACUGUACUCUAGUAAUAGUACAAUUUAAAUUUUCUUGUGAUCAUUUAUUGUUUGUACAGUGCCAUAUCUGUAAAAUUUCAGUAUCUUGCAAGAAAAUGUAUAUCAUUUUUUCGUUGUUUUCUUGUUAUUGUUGGACAUUCUGAAAAUUCUAAAUAUUGCUAAUUUUUUUAUAAAUAUAUGAUUCUUUAAAAUAAAUCUUGUUCAAAGAA